AUGAACCCGGAGGAGCAGAUCAAAGAGUUCGAGGAAGCAAUCAUAUCUUUCAAUUCCAGGGUGAAGCAGACAAGACAGUUGCGGGAUGACAAAAGGACAGUCCUGGGGGAUAUCGAGCUUGAGUGGGUCAACUCAACCAUAACCGAUGCCGAAAAUGCCGCCACUGAUUUAGUUGCAUUGGUGAAGCAGUUUAAGCAAAUCAGCCCCCAAGACCGCAGCAGUUGGAAGCGUCGUAACUAUGAAGUUGCCCUGAGAACGGAAUCUCGCAUGCUUCAUUCGCAUGACAAAGUCGAGACGGUUUUUAACCACCUUGGCUCACUACCAAGCACCUUGGGCAGGGACACAGCAUUUUUCUCUCCGUCUGAGGUUUCAAAAGAUGCUUUGGAAAUCCCAUAUGAGACGAGUGUUACAUCUGUCUUUGAACUUCCAUGCUCAUCACCGGUAAAGGUAGAGCGACCUAUUCCGAAAAUCAUCGUGACACAACAUUAUGGUGAGUAUGAUGACAACAAAGCAUGCUCUCACUCCGAUAAGACACCUUCCCCAAGAUACGGAGCAAGUGGGAUGAAUAGCACAGCAUAG